AUGAGCUCCUCAAAACCCGGUCACCGUCGGAACCAAUCCAGCGACCCUUUCUCCGAUCCCGACGUUUACUACGGGAAUGAAGCGCAUGGCAGCGCGAAGGACCGCAGGCGUGCCUUCUCGUCGAACCUGAAGACGUUCAAUCGUGAAGAUGUUCAGAGCUUCCUGGGAAGGAAUGCGCGGAGAGGGAGUCUCGAUCCGGUGCCCGCUCAACCCCGCAAGUUUUUGAUUGAUGUUGAUGCCACGCUGAAGACUUUAUUGGAGAGGGAGGACACCGACCAGAACAUGCAGAUUACCAUCGAGGAUGUAGGACCAAAGGUUUUGUCAGUAGGAACGGCUGCCUCGUCCGGAUACAACAAAUUCGAUGUGCGGGGAACAUACAUGCUUUCAAACCUGCUGCAGGAGCUUACUAUAGCUAAAGAUUAUGGCCGGAAACAUGUAAUCUUGGACGAGGCCCGUCUCAGCGAGAACCCUGUCUCGCGUCUGUCUCGCCUGAUCAAGACUACUUUCUGGAACAAUCUUACCAGGAGGAUCGAUGGGUCGAACAUCCAGGUUGCGGGGAGAGACCCGAAGGAUUGGACUGAUGACCCUCGCCCUCGUAUCUAUGUCCCGCCGAAUGCGCCCGAACAAUUCGAGUAUUAUACGAAUAUUGCCAAGUCUCAUCCUGAGCUCCGCCUGGAUGUACUUCUGCUUGAUCACGAAAUCACUCCGCAAUAUGUCAGAGACCUCAAUGCCAAACCUGGUCUUCUCGCUCUGGAAAUGCAGGAGGUUUACAACGAGGCAACCGAGAAGAAAGAACUCCAGGGAAUGCCAUUCGUCGUCCCUGGUGGCCGCUUCAAUGAGCUUUAUGGGUGGGACAGCUAUAUGGAGUCGUUAGGUCUCAUUGCCAGUGACCGGGUCGAUCUGGCGAAGUCAAUGGUCCUGAACUUCUGCUUCUGCAUCAGGCAUUACGGGAAGAUCCUCAAUGCAAAUCGAACAUACUAUCUGAACCGUUCUCAGCCACCGUUCCUUACCGACAUGGCACUGCGUGUGUACGACAAGAUCAAGACGGAGCCUGAUGCCAUUGACUUCCUGCGGAAGGCUAUCCUCGCGGCCAUCAAGGAAUACUAUAGUGUUUGGACGUCAGAGCCACGAUUUGAUCAGGAGACUGGUCUGUCGAGAUAUCGCCCAGAAGGUCUGGGUGUCCCACCCGAGACGGAGCCAACCCACUUCCUUCAUCUCCUCACUCCCUACGCAGAGAAGCAUGGUAUGACAUUCCGCGAGUUCGUUCAGGCCUAUAACGAGGGCAAGGUCCAUGAACCUGAACUCGACGACUAUUUCCUACACGACAGAGCUGUCCGAGAAUCAGGCCAUGACACGUCUUAUCGUCUUGAACGGGUCUGUGCCAAUCUCGCAACCGUUGACCUGAAUUCCCUUCUGUAUAAAUAUGAGGUCGACAUUGGCCGGACGAUCCGUACAUUCUUUGACGAUAAGCUGGAGAUCCCUGAAGAAUUUCGCACGCCUGCGACCCAGCAUAUCACGCAUGAAAGUUCUUCUGUCUGGGAUCGUCGCGCACGAAGGCGCAAGGUGGCCAUGGACAAGUACCUGUGGAACGACGAAGAGGGUAUGUACUUCGAUUAUGAUACCGUCAAUAAGGUGCGCACCUCGUACGAGAGUGCGACGACCUUCUGGGCCAUGUGGUCGGGCGUGGCCACUCCACACCAGGCUUCAGAGCUGGUCCGCAAGGCGUUGCCCAGAUUUGAGGCCUAUGGUGGAUUGGUUUCUGGAACGGAGAAGUCGCGUGGUGAAAUUUCCCUCGACAGGCCCAACCGGCAAUGGGACUACCCUUACGGCUGGGCGCCUCAGCAGAUGUUGGCCUGGACUGGACUACUGCGUUAUGGUUACCAGGAUGAAGCCGAGAGACUAGCCUAUAAGUGGCUGUAUAUGAUCACCAAGGCGUUUGUCGACUUUAACGGAGUCGUCGUUGAGAAGUACGACGUCACCCGUCCCAUCGAUCCGCACCGAGUUGAUGCCGAAUACGGAAACCAAGGCACCGAUUUCAAGGGAGUUCCUAGGGAAGGAUUCGGCUGGGUCAACGCCAGCUAUGUCUACGGACUCGAUAUUUUAAAUGCGCACAUGAGACGUGCUCUGGGAGCCAUCACGCCCUACGAGACCUACAGCAAGGCUGUCUCCAUGCAAUACCCUUACUAA